GGUGGCGCGGCGUCUGCUCCUCCGGGCGCCAAAAUCCCUCGGAGUCGGAGAGGAGAGGAGGCUCUGCUGAGUCUGAGGCGCGAAAGAGAGGCUGCAGGGAUAUUUAAAAUACAAACCAGUGCCUCCUGGAAGAAGGAUUUUCUUCAGAAAUGUCUCGAAUAGAUAAAAUGAGCAUCCUUGGGGUGAGAAGCUUUGGUGUUGAGGACAAGGACAAGCAAGUGAUCACUUUCUUUAAUCCUUUAACUAUCUUGGUGGGGCCUAAUGGUGCUGGAAAAACGACAAUCAUAGAAUGUCUCAAGUAUAUUUGCACUGGGGACUUCCCCCCUGGCACUAAAGGAAACUCAUUUGUCCAUGAUCCAAAAGUUGCCAAUGAAACAGAUGUCAGAGCUCAAAUUCGUCUUCAGUUUCGUGAUGUUAAUGGAGAGCUUGUAGCUGUUCAAAGAUCCAUGGUGUGCACUCAAAAAGGAAAGAAAACAGAGUUUAAAACCCUUGAAGGAGUCAUUACCAGAACAAAACAUGGGGAAAAAGUCAGUCUGAGCUCCAAAUGUGCAGAAAUAGACCGAGAGAUGAUUGGUUCCCUUGGUGUUUCCAAAUCUGUGCUUAACAAUGUCAUUUUUUGCCACCAAGAAGAAUCCAACUGGCCUUUAAGUGAAGGAAAGGCUCUGAAACAAAAAUUUGAUGAGAUCUUUUCAGCAACAAGGUACAUUAAGGCUUUGGAAACGCUUCGUCAGGUACGUCUGAAACAAGGCCAGCGGAUUAAAGAGUGCCAGGUGGAGCUGAAGUACUUGAAACAAAAUAAAGAAAAGGCACAUGAAAUUCAGAAGCAUCUUACUGAUAGAGAAACUCAGUUGGCUGCCUCCAAAGAAAAUGUCAGAUCUAUUGAGCAGCAGCUUGAACCUUUAAAGAAUCGGCUGACAGAAAUAGAACAUAAUCUUGUAAAAGUCAUGAAACUUGACAAUGACAUAAAAGCUCUGGAAAGUCGGAAAAAGCAGAUGGAAAAAGAUAAUCAAGAUUUGCAACAAAAGAUGGAAAAGGUUUUUCAAGGAACUGAUGAACAACUUAGAGAAAUGUAUCAAAACCAUCAGAAAACCGUGAGAGAAAAGGAGAGGAGAUUAACAGAAUGUCAGAGAGAACUGGAGCGAGCAAGCAAAGAAUACCAAAGAUUUAAUAGAGAAAAAUCAGAAUUAUUGGUUGAACAAGGUCGUCUUCAGUUGCAAGCAGAUCGCCACCAGCAGCAUAUUAGGACAAGAGAUUCAUUAAUUCAGUCUUUGGCAGCUCAUUUGGAAUUGGGUGGAUUUGAAAGAGUGCCCUUUAGUGAAAGGCAAAUUGACAGUUUUCACAAACUUGUGAAAGAAAGACAGAACAAAGACAAGGAAGCUGCUGAUCAGUUGAUGAGAGAAUUUGAUGAAAAAGAGGCAGUGAAGCAGAAACAAAUUGAUGAAAUAAGAGAUAAAAAAACUGGACUUGAAAGAACUAUUGAGUUGAAGUCAGACAUUCAAAAUAAAAAACAACUUGAAAUGAAAAACCUUAAGCAUGAAUUACAUCAGCUUGAAGGAUCUUCAGAUCGACUCCUGGAACUGGAUCAGGAACUUGCCAAAGCAAAUCAUGAACUAGAUGAAGCCGAGAAGAACUACAGGGUUGACAUGCUAGAAAAAGAAAUACAAGGGCUUCAAAAAGAGAAGACAGAUUUGGAUGGCAUCCUUCGGAAACUGGAUAAAGAGAUGGAGCAGUUGAACUUAAAUACGACAAUUAUAACCCAAAUGGACAUGCUGAAGAAAGAUAAAGCUGAUAAAGAGGAGCAAAUCAGAAAAAUAAAGUCCAGGCACAGUGAAGAAUUAAUCUCCUUGUUAGGAUAUUUCCCAAAUAAACGGCAGCUUGAAGAUUGGCUUCACUCUAAAAUUAAAGAAAUUAAUCAGACAAGAGACAAACUUGCCAAGCUCAACAAAGAUCUUGUUUCAGCAGAGCAAAAUAAAAAUCAUAUUAGCACUGAAUUAAGGAAGAAAGAAGAGCAGCAAUCAGAUUAUGAAGAAAAGCUUUUUGAUGUUUGUGGAAGCCAGGAUUUUGAAAGUGAUCUCUAUAGACUUCAGGAAGAAAUUGAAAAAACAUCCAAGCAACGUGCCAUGCUUGCUGGAGCUACAGCAGUUUAUUCCCAGUUCAUCACACAGUUAACAGAUGAAAAUGAAGCGUGUUGUCCAGUUUGUCAGAGAGUCUUCCAGACAGAGUCAGAACUGCAGGAAGUGAUAGAUGAUCUUCAGAAGAAGUUGCGCCUUGCUCCAGACAAACUGAAGACAACGGAGUCUGAGCUUAAGAGGAGAGAGAAAAAACGUGAUGAAAUGAUGUCACUCAAACCUGUCAGGCAAAUAGUAGCUGAACUGCAAGAAAAGGAGAUACCAGACUUAAGGAACAAGCUACAGGCUCUCAACAGAGAGAUUCAGCAUCUUAAAAGUGAGAUAGAAGAACAGGAAACCCUCUUGGGUACUAUCAUGCCAGAGGAAGAAAGUGCUAAAGCAUGUCUCCAAGAUAUUACACUUAUGGAAAGGUAUCAGACUGAUUUGAAGGACGUUGAACGAAAAAUUGCUCAGCAUGCUACUAAGCUAGAAGGUGUGGAUUUAGGUCGAACGCUUCUACAAGUGAGCCAAGAAAAGCAAGAGAGAAAACAUCAGUGGGAUACAGUUACUGGCAAAAUCGAAUUGAAGCAGACUCUUAAACAAGACCAGCAAAAUCAGGUUCAAAGUCUAAAGAGUACAGUGAAUGAGCUUAAGGCAGAGAAACUUCAACUAUGUAGUCGUUUGCAGCGUCGACAGCAACUGGAAGAGCAGACUGUGGAGCUGACUACUGAGGUUCAGUCACUGAACAGAGAAGUUAAGGAAGCAAAGGAGCAGAUCUCUCCUCUGGAAACAACUUUAGAAAAACUACAACAAGAAAAAGAAGCAUUAAUGAACAAAAAGAACACAAGUUACAGAGCAACACAAGAGAAGAUAAAUGACAUAAAAGAAAAAGUUAAAAACAUCAGUAGCUAUGUGAAAGAAAUUGAAAAUUACAUCCAAGAAGGGAAAGAAGAAUACAAACAGCAAAAAGAAUCUGAACUUGAUGAAGUCAAGAUCCAGCUAGCAGAAUGUGAGAAAAAGAAAGAGAAGAUAAAUAAAGAAACAGGCACAAUUAGACAAGACAUUGAUACUCAAAAGAUUCAGGAGCGGUGGUUAGAAGAUAAUCUUACCUUAAGAAAAAGAAAUGAAGACCUAAAAGAAGUUGAAGAUAACAUAAAACAAUAUCAGAAGGAGAUGGGUGAAAUGCAUGUCCCACAACUGAAAAAGCAGCGUGAGCAUUUAGAAGGCAGAAUAGAAGAAUUGAAAAGAAACCACAGCUUAGCCCUUGGUCGCCAGCAUGGAUUUGAGGAAGAGAUCCUUAGGUAUAAGAAAGAGCUGAGAGAUCCACAGUUUAAAGAUGCUGAAGAGAAAUAUAGAGAAAUGAUGAUAGUUAUGAGAACAACAGAGUUGGCAAACAAGGAUCUUGACAUUUACUACAAAGCACUCGAUCAAGCAAUAAUGACAUUUCACAGCAUGAAAAUGGAAGAAAUCAACAAAACAAUCCGUGACCUUUGGCGAAGCACCUACAGAGGACAGGAUAUUGAAUACAUAGAAAUUCGGUCUGAUGCAGAUGAGAAUGUUUCUGCUUCUGACAAAAGAAGAAGCUACAAUUAUAGAGUCGUAAUGAUAAAAGGAGACACUGCUCUAGAUAUGAGGGGCAGAUGCAGUGCUGGCCAAAAGGUUCUUGCUUCCCUCAUUAUCCGCCUUGCUCUAGCAGAAUCAUUUUGUCUCAACUGUGGUAUUCUUGCACUUGAUGAGCCCACCACCAACCUUGACAGAGAGAAUAUUGAAUCUCUUGCACAUGCCUUGGUGGAGAUAAUCAAAAGUAGAUCCCAGCAACGAAACUUUCAGCUGCUUGUUAUUACACAUGAUGAAGAUUUUGUGGAACUUUUGAGUCGUUCUGAAUACGUGGAGAAAUUCUACAGAAUUAAGAAGAACCUUGACCAGUGUUCUGAAAUUGUGAAAUAUAAUGUCACCUCCUUGGGAUCAUAUCUUCAUUAGAAUUUGUAAAUAUUUUGCAUUAUAGAAGUGCUCAGAAACAUUCUGUAAUAAAAAUAAAGAUUGUUCUUUGGAUAUAGAAGCUA